AAUCAGCCACCCCCCUUGGCUCAGCACAGCAACUAGCUGUAUUUUUUACCCAUUCUAUGUCUUAUAAAUGGAGCUCUCAACCGGGGAACCCAAUCUUUCUUGACAUCAUCCACCCAUGAGUGACACACCCUCAUACAACAGCUUCGGCGGCGUCUUCAGUUCAGAAAAUGAUGUAUGGGCCAGUUUGAAUUUCGAGGAGCAGCAGCAGCAAAUACCAAGAGCUUCGUAUCCCCUUGCUCCUCAAAUGAGUCCGAUGGAUACGUAUGACUAUGCAGAUUACGUUGGAUUCCCUGGCCAGCUACAGUCCGAGUUCCAUGUACCGUUCCCUUCACACUUUCCAGAUGCUGCUAGGAACGGGCUUCCUCGCAUUGAUACGAAGGCUGCUUUGCCGCGGUUAUCGAUAGUAUCUGAUUCUUCAACGACUUCAGCAGGGUCCAUGAUGCCGCAGACUCCUUAUUCUUGGGCAGAUGCCAGUCGCCUUCACGUCCAUGCACCCCUAGGAACUCCAUUAUCUCCUUCAAAUACUCAGUAUCCUACAUUCUCACCUUCGCCGAAAGGCCUAUCUCCUAUUCCCUCACCAAUGUCACCCCAUUCGCCCGCCAUGGGUAGCUCUGACGAGGGGUCUUUUUUGCAGGCCUUCGACGACGACGAGGAAGACGCGCCUCAACCAAUGGAACAUGUCGUAAAAUGGAAGGCCAUUCGCGAUCAAGCGAUUAUCGCCACAGGCACCACCAUCUACAUUCCUCAGUCGAUAUAUCAACCAUAUACUGAGGCAGAUCGUGUCCGCUACAUUGAGAAAGCUGAUCUUAAGGAGCCCAUCAUCUUUAAGACAGCACAUCCUGACCAGUGGGGCAUAGCACUCGAUGACGCCCUGAAAGCUAAGAUGAAAGACCUUCUCGAUAAAGAUGACAACAUGUUCGAGAACUGCGGGCCCUCUGUGUCCAUCCGGCUUCAGUGGCCCGGGUAUCGUGCAUGGACCAAACAGAUCCCCACGAUGGACUUCAAAAGUCCGAAAGGUCCUAUCACCAGAGCUAAAUUGGCUAAAAAUAUCGCCAACUGCGUGAAACGAUUCAUCGAAGAAAAGGAAAAAGAGCGUAUGGAGAUGGAAGCAGAUCGUAGGUGGAGGGUUGGAACACGCUACAUCAGAAUGGAGGACCUUAUCUUGGUGUCCCUGCACCACAUCUCUAAGGGCAGUUGGCAGCCUCAGCUACGUCUACGCACUCCACUAGGUGACAUUCAACUCCGGCGCCUUCAACCUCAAGCCCCGCCUUCCGCAUAGACCUAUUCACAGAGGUAAAGAAAAUUCCUCGCCAAUUCCAAUGCUCAGUAUGCGGUGAAUACUCUGGGUGCCAUCUGGAUGAUACCAUGCUCUUGCCUGUUCCGUUCGAGUCUUUGGUAUUCGCUCCAUUUCUGUACUUCCUUGUUGGAAAUGUCCUUUUGCUCUUUGAUGUGUUCUCAAAAUGUGCUGGUCGUUUAUGGAGUUUCACGUUUUAGAUACGCUUUGCGCGAGCCUCUCAUUGCCAUUAGACUUAUACCUUUUUAACGCCGGGCUUCCAGGGUUUCGUUCUUUACUCGCUUACCCGUGCCGUUUGCCAUGUAUAGCAUGACAUUCCGCUAUAGGCUUUAUUCGGUCUUUUCUUGCUGCUUUGUAACUAUUCCGAUAGCUAUUCAAAUGACUUCAAACGAUAGGACAAUAUUAACCU